GUGCGAGUCAUAUGACACUUUUCAGAGAAGAAAAUCGCAUCUCUCAGCAAAGUCGCACUCGACGUCUCGCCUGGAAGGAAGAAAAGUUUCGUCCCGGAAGGAAAAUCGUCCCACGGAAACCUCCAGAGUGAAGUAAAGUGGACAGCAGGAUAAGCUAAGUGAAGUGAAAUCGUAAGGAUGCCGGGAUUCAUGUUCAACAUCGACGGUGGCUACCUGGAGGGCCUUUGCCGUGGCUUCAAGUGCGGAAUCCUUAAGCAGGCGGAUUACCUCAAUCUGGUCCAGUGCGAAACGCUCGAAGAUUUGAAACUGCACCUGCAGGGUACCGAUUAUGGCCAGUUCCUGGCCAACGAACCGUCACCGCUGGCGGUUUCCGUGAUCGACGACAAGCUGCGCGAGAAGCUUGUGAUUGAAUUCCAGCAUAUGCGCAACCACGCGGUGGAACCGCUGUCCACCUUCCUGGACUUCAUCACGUACAGCUACAUGAUCGACAACAUCAUUCUGCUGAUCACCGGUACUCUGCACCAGCGCCCGAUCUCGGAGCUGAUCCCCAAGUGCCACCCGCUGGGCAGCUUCGAGCAGAUGGAGGCCAUCCACGUGGCCGCCACUCCGGCCGAGUUGUACAACGCCGUCCUGGUCGACACGCCGCUGGCCCCCUUCUUCGUCGAUUGCAUCUCCGAGCAGGAUCUGGACGAGAUGAACAUCGAGAUCAUCCGUAACACGCUGUACAAGGCGUACCUGGAGGCGUUCUACGAGUUCUGCAAGAACAUCGGGGGCACCACUGCCGACGUGAUGUGCGAGAUCUUGGCGUUUGAGGCCGAUCGCCGUGCCAUCAUCAUCACGAUCAACUCGUUUGGCACCGAGCUGUCCAAGGACGACCGCGCCAAGUUGUAUCCCCGCUGCGGACGCAUGAAUCCGGAUGGCUUGGCUGCCCUGGCCCGUGCCGAUGACUACGAGCAGGUCAAGGCCGUGGCCGAAUACUACGCCGAGUACGCCGCCCUAUUCGACGGAUCGGGCAACAAUCCCGGCGACAAGACCCUCGAGGACAAAUUCUACGAGCACGAGGUCAAGCUGAACGUGUACGCCUUCAUGCAGCAGUUCCACUUUGGGGUGUUCUACUCGUAUCUGAAGCUGAAGGAGCAGGAGUGCCGCAACAUUGUCUGGAUUGCGGAGUGCGUGGCCCAGAAGCAUCGCGCCAAGAUCGACAACUAUAUUCCGAUUUUCUAAAUUCGCGGAAAUUUAUUUACUGUUAAGCAACCAUUUACCAGCAAAGGAUAAAAAGUUAGAAACACAUUCCUCCAUCUGUGUGCUUGUUGACCUCCGGCCGGAAGGUAGUUGGAAACGGAAAUAACCACCCCAAAAGUAUUGUUUCCUCUUUCGGUUCUCACUUUAUCAAUUGGGAGAACUGCGCCAAUAUGUGAAUCGGUGGAUUAUAUUUUCUCCACCUUUUUCAGUUCUGUAGAAAAUGCGUAGCCGUUUCUGUUAUUUUUGUUUUAUAUACACUUGCUUUUGAACAAAAUUUAUUUUUAUUCGUACAAUUCAUUCGCCGCUAUGAUACUGUACAAUAUACGUCGAUAAGAAAGUAAAAUCUUUAUGUAUUAUAUAAUUAUAUAGAUGGAUCAAUUAGGUACCCCCACAUCGUCAAACCUACACAUACUUAAAUGUAAAAUGGUGAAAUAUAUCUAUAACGUUUAGAUGCCCUGGAAAAA